UUCAACUUCCUGAUACAACUGUUGGUGACCGAUUGCUGCACUGCUUUACGAGUUUAUUAUCUGCAGAUUAUGGUGCUAAUGUAUUCACCAGAGACUGCAGACAGUUGUUUUCAGCCUGCUGUCCCACUGUCUCCCUCUAUUAAUGAUCUUCCCACACUGGGAGAUGGUGAGUGUUACCAUGUCUUCAUUAGCUACAGCAGCACCGACUACCAGUGGACCCACUCCCUCAUCAACCAGCUGGAGUCCUGUGGCCUGCAGGUCUGCUACCAUGAACGGGACUUCACUCCCGGCCGCACCGUGUUGGAAAACAUGUCCGACUGCAUCCAGGAGAGCCAGAAGGUCCUGCUGGUUCUCAGCCAGGAGUUUGUGAGGAGCCGCUGGUGUCUCCUGGAGGCCAACAUGUCUUUGUUCAGAGACUGCCUGGAGAGGAAACCCAUCGUCCCAGUGCUGCUGGAGCCAGGAGUCCCUGUUCCUCUCCACCUCUGCCACCUCACCUACCUGGAGGCCAACGACCCCGACUUCAAGAACAAGCUGCUCAAGGUGCUCUGCACCCCCAACCAGCAGCUUCAAGGGUCCACUGUGGUGCCCUUCCAGCCUCCUUCUAUCUACAAUGGGAAGGCCCUGCAGCCUUUGACUGCUGUCAAUGAAGAGGGACUCAACAAAUGGAAUUGUGGUUAUUUCAGUGACAUGGAGGUGCCAGACCAACUGCGUCUGAUCAUUCAGGACCACGAGAAGUACAGAAAGGCUGUGAGGAUGAUCAAUGAUGUCUCUCAAAAUAAAAUGGUCCCACUCUGGCUUAGAUUACAGAUGCUUGUUAUCAAUACAAUUUUGCUCUCCCUUUUCACAGCUCUAUCCACAUUAGCGGUAAUUUUUUUGUAUACUGGUUAUUGGAAAGGCGUGAACCUAAAUCUUGGGACGGUCUUUGUUGCUUGUCUCGGCUGUGUUGCAUUGUGUUCGAUGUUUGAGAUUAUUUUCUGGAAAAAAGAUCAAUUGAAGUACAUUGUGAGGGAAAUGCAGAAAGCUAUAGGCCAGGCAAACAUAAUCCUCUCUGAGGAGAAAGUGUUAAUGGGCUGUUGUUCCAAUUCAAAAAUCUAUCUGGUGUACGUUAAUCUGAACGGUUGCAAACAAGAGUUUACAGAAACAUUUUCUGAGCAGGGUUGUGCGGAGGAUAUGUUUCAAAGAGCCCUGACCUUCUUCUCAUCAGGUUAUGCCUGCUGCCUUGCUAAAAGACACUUUCCCUUUUCUCGCAGCUCCACUGGUCACCUGGAGGGAGGGGUGUGUUUCUGUCAGUAUGUCUCCCAGCAGCUGAGAACAGAUCAAUGGGAAUAGCAAUGUCUACAUUUUUGUCUUUAUUAUUAGAUCAAAGCUCACCCAGUCAACAUGUAAUGUCGGACUAAUACGAGCGAGACCGAGAGCCAUUAAAGGCACAGUAACUUAAUUGAUGUUAGAAGCCCCUCAGACAUCAGGACGGAGGCUGUCACUUCAACCAACCUGAAAGCGGAACAGUGCGGAUGCUUGGCACCCUUUUCUUCCUGAGUUUACUUUCAGUUCUUGAUCAUCCACACUGUGCGAUCACUCUUCAUUAAAUUUGCUGGAAUUUAUUGUAUCAUGAACAGGUAUGAAUGUACAUUUCUGUGCAGUGUAUGCUGUCCUCAGUGUGAUGAUAGGUUUCAUUCUUAAAAAGAGCAGUAGGAUUCUGUUGUUUUUAGCAUGUUUAACUUCACAGAUAAACAUUUUUGUCUGUUAUGUACAUUAUUUUUACACAUCAUGGAUCUUUAUAACUCAUUAAGCUUAUUUAAUUACUUCUUUAUACACCACUACGUUACUUACUGUAUAUUUGGAGUAGCACUGAGUUCCUUAAAUAUGGGUUAUUCUGCAGUGAGUUGUGUCACAUCACACUUUUUAGAUUUGUAUAUUGUUAUACAUGAAAUCAGCUGAAAUUUUUCACUUCAUUUGAUGGACAUAGUGUAGUGUAGUAUAGGAAAACAAUGCAGUACUACAUUUACUUCACUUUUGAGAUGUUAUUGGUAAUGUUGCAAAUCCAAAUUUGACUCAAGAAAUAUAACAAUUAAAAUAUGAUGCAUUAUUAUUCAUUAAACUAUCCAGCAUCAUUUUAGAAUUGAAAGCGCGACCUUGAACAGAAGUUAAGUACAUAAUAAUUACAUUGUGCUGACAACGUUAUUAGUCUUAUAAAUUAGAGUGGCAAAAACAUGAACAAUUUGAGUUGCAAUGGAAGGGUGGCGCUGUUCCUGUGGGCUUUCCGCUCAUGCUCGUUGACUCUAGGGAAGUGAAGAAAACUUCAGUUGUAAGGUUAUCCAGAAUCCAGCUUCAGCAGGCUUUAUCGAGCAGGCAAAGUGAACUGCCAUCAAUGAUAGCAGCCGCUGUCUGGCAGCUGCAGACGACAUGCAUGAUUCCGCAGAGCGCUUAAGCUCUGCUCCUGCAGCUGCACAGAGCACUAUGUGCUUGUUUACCCAAAGUUUAUAGUUUGAUAUUGAACGUGUUGCCUGUCCAAAUUGCACCAAACUCAGCAAAGCACUUCGUUGGGUCCCCAGCAAUACUCCCACCAAGUGUGAAGUAGAUUGGAUGAGCGGUUCGGGAGAGAUGCAAAGACCACACCGAAAGACGGACAGACAAAGAUUCACUUGAAAUCAUAAUUUUAGUAACAGAACUCAUGAUUGCCACAAACCUAAACUUGUUUGAGAAUCAUUUGUACUAUUUUAUAUGUGGGAGUAUCAGGAUGACUUUGAGAAAUGUCAAGCUUUCUGAAAUUAUAUCUGUAAGUUGAAUGUAAGAACUGAACAAGAUAUAAAUUUACUACUGAAUGUCAGAAGGAAGAAACUAAUGACACGUGGAUUUAGGUAUAAUUAAAGGUAUAAUAUGUAAUCCCAUUGUCGGUUGCCGUUUGUAAACACAGAUUUCUAACUUUGCUCUUGCUCUCUAGCUCUCUCCAGAGCGUGCAGCUGUGGUCGAGCGAAUUAGACAGGAAAUGGGGUGAGGGACCGCGGUUAGUGAGAACAAAGACAUGAUUCAGAACUGUAAAACGUUAUUUUCCGAUUGUUUCACGGCGGUGACAUUCUAAGGCACAAGUAAAGACAUCCACACUUUGUCACAUAUUUGCUAUAACGUGCCAGAUUCUAAAUGAAUGCAGCAGUAAGCACCCUUUACCCUGCUGUGGCCUGCCUGCUCUCUGUUUUUUUAGGAAAUUGUUGCAUACUGUACUUUUUAUGUUUAAACCACCUGUGAUAAAAGGAAACUUUUUUCAAAAGAUGUUUUACUUGCUGAUUUGCUUCUGUUGAGAAUGUUCUUUUAUAAGCAGGUCACUUUUGGGUUAUCCAAAACCUGUAAUAUCCUCGUUUAAAGAAGCAUGCUGAUAGACUAUAUAAAUAUACCAACAAAAACGAAUUAAUUGAAAUCUUCUGAAAGGAUUUCUAAAUGCUAUUUUCUUCUCACUUUAGUUUUUUCAUAGAUAAUGGAGCCAAUAAACUGCAGACUGCAGACAUUGUGUCACAGCCUGCUGUCCCACUGUCUCCCUCUAUUAAUGAUCUUCCCACACUGGGAGAUGGUGAGUGUUACCAUGUCUUCAUUAGCUACAGCAGCACCGACUACCAGUGGACCCAC